AUGCCCCCUAAAGCACUCAAUCCUGCACUCUCUCCUGAACAGCGGAAGGCUGCAUCCAGAGAAUACCCUCCAGUUCCAAAGGUUUGUGUUGUAACUGGUGGUACUGGGUUUGUUGGUACACGUCUUGUUGAGAUGCUCGUGGAGCGGGGUGCCGAGCGAGUAGUGUGCUUUGACAUUGUUCCUAUGGAAAAGGCUGUGGGCGCAUGGAAACAUCCUGCUAUAGAGUACGUGGUUGGUGACAUUGCAAACUACGAGGAUGUAUCAAAAGCUAUAAAGGGUGCAGAUUGUGUCUGGCAUUUGGCAGCUGCUGUUGGUCCUUUUCACCCUCGUGAACUCUACUAUAGGGUUAAUUGUGUGGGGACAGAGAAUGUUAUUAUGGCGUGUAAGACGUGGGGUGUUCAUAAACUUGUAAUGAGUAGUUCUCCUUCUACACGUUUUAAGGGGAAUCUCUUUCAUCGUCCUUGUAUAGAUGGACUGACAGAGGCUGAAAUGCCAGAGUUGCCAUUGGAUGCAUAUAUGCAAAUGUAUGCUGAAACAAAAGCAAUUGCCGAGAUGACCGUAACAGCUGCCUGUAGUGAUGAUCUUUUGGUUGUUAGUGUGGCGCCUCAUCAAGUAUAUGGGCCUCGUGAUAACCUAUUUUUACCAAACAUGCUUGAGGCUGCCGGAACAGGCAAAUUACGGAUUUUUGGCCCAGGAACCAAUCGUAUUUGUUUUACACAUGUUGAUAACUAUGCUCAUGGCCUUAUAAUAGCUGAGCGGCAACUUUUCAAGGGUUCACCUGUAUUGGGAAAGUUCUAUAUCGUGACAGACGGGAAUACACACCCCGAACCUGGUGCAUACUGUAUUUUUUGGAAAGAGUUGGAUAAAGCUGUGGUGGGUAUGGGAUUUCCUUCUAUUCAGGAAAAAAUGCACUAUAAUUUCUGGUUCCUUUACGUAAUUGCUCUUUUUGCAGAAUUUUUUGGAUGGAUGCUGGGUCGUGUUUUCAAGUUGAACGUCUUUAACGUCUUUGUGUUAACAAUGCACCGAUGGUUCCGGAUUACUGCAGCAGAGCAAGAACUAAAGUAUCAACCAAUUAUUCCAUUUGUUGAUGGAUGGAAGGACACUAUCAUAUGGUUCAAGCAAAAUUGGCUUCCUACAUUUGAGGAACAGGAUAAAUCUUGGUUUGGACUGGCAAAGCGUUCACAGCAAAAGAUUGACAUUCAAGCAAAGAAAAGCAAUUAG